UCUUCCUCCUCUUUAAAUAUGUCCCACUGCCUUCAAAGCAAGCCAGCAGCACGGUGAUCCCAGAGAUCCCACCACCAAGGCUGAUGAGGAGAUGUAUUUGUAGGGAACACGAACCAGUUUAAGACCAUUAUCAAGGUGACCAAGGACAGGCUGGCUCUCACCAGUCGGCACAGACAGCUUAGCAGGGAAGGGAGACGGCGAGGGAGCUCAGCCUCAAACCCUCCGUGCUUUCUGCAAACCAGUCAUCCCUCCAGUGCCAAAACUUUGCUGGGCGGAGGCUGCCGGGGAAGGAGCGGGGCUGUGGGGAGCAUCACUCCUGCGGGAUGCUGCGGGUGGGAUGGAUGAUCCCGGCGCCAUGUGAUUCCUGCCUGCCGGCGGCUCCGCUCCCAGACAAAGGCUGAGCUCAGCGCCCGCGGGCGGCUGGACCCGGGCUACCCACGCUCCGGCUGCUCCCCACCUUCCUUCCCCUGCACCUCCCCGGGAGCAUCCAGCAGCCGGAUCAGAGCUCAUCUCUUGCCAUCGAAAGGAUUAACUCCCCGGGGAGCAGCGGCGGAGGCUGAGCCUCCGCUCCCGCCACGCAUCGCCUGCUUCCCGGCACGCUCAGGAGUUUCGGAGCCAAGCUCCCGGCAGCUAAUCCCCCUCGCUGCCGGAGCCGGGGAGGCUGGGAAGAGCCGGCAGGUGAAGGGACAGGAGGGCAGAGAACGGGAGGAGUGUCCGCACACACACUCGGGCAGCAGCACCCCGCACACGGCGUCGGGCAGCGGCGAGCUCCGCAGGGAGCCCAGCCCUCAAUAAAACCAGCUGGAGCGUCAGGAGAGAGGAUCUGCCGGCUUGGAAAAGUCUUUAAGGUAAAACCCGAGACCGGCCGCUUCUGGGCUGGGCUGGGGGCCGGCUGCUGGGCUCUCUGCCGGCGCGCUCCUUCUCUCUGACUCGGUUCUGGUUUUAAAGGAACCCAGCGGGAGAUGCCGGUAAAAGAAGUUGCUGAAAGCCAAGCUGGAAUGGCCUGGAGCUGCCGCCGCCGGCCCCGUCACACACCGGGAGCAGCUGAACUUUGUGGGGUCUGAAGAUUUUUCAUCUCUGCGAACGCUCUGGGCAGCGCCACGGCACAGCCAGGACGGCACCGCACACCUUGUGCCUGCCCCAGCCCGGGACAGAGCCAGGAGGGGAUCUCUGCCUCCCCAAGGACCAUCGCCUCUGAAAAAUAAAAGCUGGAGGAGGGUAAUUUAUCUUUCUUUUCCAGAUGACUGAAAAUACCUACAGGAUCCUGUCUCUCCGGUUUUCAUCAGUGAGUAGCAUAAGGGAGAGGUGGCUGAGGAACAAAAAUGAUAUCGGUCAAAAUCAUUCCAGAGCCUACUUUUUCCUAAGGAACUUCGUGCCCAUAGGGUUUUUCUGCGGGCAUUUCCAGGAGUGAGACCGAGGUACCACAGAUGCAUCCCUACAGGAUCAUGUAAGAAUUUGCAAAUGAGAAACGAACCCCAUCCAGACCUUCUCUGCCCGCUUUGCAGUACAUGGUUUGGUGUAAGCACAGCAAUUCUCACCUCUUUCUCUCCCUUUUAAGUCUCUUGAGCUUGGAGACCUCUUUCCUCAUUGCAAUUAUGAUUAUUUGCAACAUCAGUGCCAUCAAAGAUUGGAGCACUUUCCUUUCCCAAAUCCUCCCCAGCGUUAACAAGACUCUGAACUUGGUACAGCAAGUGGAAGCCACCACCAGCUCGGUGGUAAGUGUCCUCCAGGACCCCGAGCAGGACAGCUACCUGUCCAAUAGCCAGUCCAUGAACUCCAGCAACUUCACAGCUGGCCUGGACCACUUGUUCCAGUACUCAUACUCGGACAAUGAUCAGCUCUACAAGGAGUACAAACCCCCUCCUCGAGAUGCCAUUCCUCUGCCCAAGGCUGUCCUCUACCUUCUCAUGGCAGCCCUGGUGGUGGUGGCAGUGGCGUAUGCCAUCGUCGGCCAUCUCAUCAAGGACCUCAUUUACGACUUUGUAGACUGGAUCUUUGGCCCCAGCCCGGAUGACAACAGCAACAAGAGCGACAUCAACUGCAUCAGCAACAGCGUCAACGAGAUGAGCGAGCUGCCCGAGGCUCCGCGGCACCGGGAGCGCCAGCCCCAGGACGUGGUCAUUGCCAUCAGCGAGACUUGCCACUUGCCACAGCAGACGUGACCGGCACCACGGCCGGGCCGGGCGGCACGGAGCAGCGGGAUGGAGCAGCAGGAUGGAGGGGAGGGAUGGAGCAGAGGGAUGGAGCCCAAGGAUGGAGCAGUGAAACAGUGCAGCAGCCGCCUUGCAGGACCGGGCGGGGAGAGGAAGGGAUGGGCAGAGCCGGCGCCGUGGAGCAAAGCCCUUCUCCCCCUGGUUUUACCAGCCUCUGUGGACCUUGCCGGGGUGGGUGCCAUCACCCCUUCUCCCAGGCUUGUCAGCCCUGUCCUGACAUCUGCCCUUGGGUUUGUGACCCCCUCUUUGUUCCCUGUGAAUAGCAAAAAAGAAAAAGCAAAUGCAAAAUACACCCACCAAGCAAAGCUUGCAAGAGAAAUGAGCUGGAGAGAGGCCGGGCGGUCCUUUGGCGUGGGAAUGGAGUGGGGAAAAGGGCAAAGGAGACAAGGAGGCUGCAGAGAAAUGCGGGUGUCUGCAUUUCUGGGGACAGGCCCAGGACACAGCAGGGAGCUGGGAGCUGCAGAAAGGCACAGAAAGGUCAGCAGGGGCCAAAUGCCCCGGUACGUUGGUGAUCUGCCUGGGCCAUCGCUCCUGCCUUCAGUUUCACAGCCCCAGCUCACAGCCCUUUUCAGCAGGUGUGUCCUGUGGCUCUGGGACAGCAGGGUGACAGCCCAGACUUCUCAGGGAGCCUUAUUCCUCUAUGCCUGUAGCCAAGCCAGGGCCAUCACAUUCCCUCUGCCACAUCUCUGUUCGAGCUCAGCACCCCCUGACAGGGAGCAGCCCUGUUGGGACCGGGUACAACCCCUUUUUCUGAGGAAUGUUGCUGGAGAGGAGGACAGGGACCCAUAUGCAUGGAAUCCAAACUCUUCAUGGGGGAAAAUAGCCCAUAUAUGUCUGCAUCCUUCAGACUCCUCCCAGCAUGACCACCUCCCACAUCACCCCCAAACCUCCUGCCACCCCAAGGGCUGCUGGCUCUGUACUGGGACAGCCCCACACGCGUUGAUGGAGCAGGGAGAACUCCCUCUUCUCCCUGGACGCCUUCCUCUUCCCAGCCAGAGCACCACCAACCAAAGCUGCCCUUCUCUCUGCCCAAAGACAUCCUUUCCCAUUUGUAACUCCAGGCAGAUCCCUGCUCCUCCCUGUUUAAGGGAUCAGGGGAAACCAGCAAAAUGUGAGGGGCAAGCUCCCAAACCGUGUGGGAAAAGGAGCAUCCUGAUGGUUUCAUUGCUAUUUUAAGGUCAGCUCUUACCCCACUAAGGGUUUUAAACCAGGAUCCAUGAUUUCUCUAUAUAGCAGACUGGAGGCACUGGGACCAAGCUCAUUCCUUGUGCCUCCCCCUUAUGAAGAUCCCUUUACUCUCCACAUCUUCCCUGAACUUAAAAGAAAAGGUUAUGCUGACGUGCCACAGAGAACAGGCCAUGGUCCAGACUUCUGCCUCUUCAUUCAGGGAGACAAGUCCUGCCUUUUCCCAGCCUGCAGUACCCAGCACACCACAAACAGCAGGGGCCAGAACAGCAUUUUCCCCUUCUGAAAAUGGUUAAGGAAAAUGGAUGUGGUUUCAAACUCCUGCUCCAAUGGCUUUAAUGAGAGCCAUUACCAGCAGUCCCACGCUGGGGCUUUGUCGGCUUUUCAGCAAGCAAAGGCAGAGGACAGUACUCAGUUACCUCUCCCCAUAAUUAACCAUUUCCAAUCAGACAGUGCUCUGCCACCAUCAUUUUUCUGGUUUUUUUUUUGAAUCUGAGGUUUGUAGCGUGGCUGCUCUGGCACCUGCCAGGCUUGCCCUGUGCUGCUGGGGCUGUGGAGGGGAGCUGGACAGUGAUGUCCCGGCAGCACGGGGGGGAUGCUGGGGCACAAUCCCACCAGUGUCUGCCAACUCCUGGGAAUAAGGUUGCAGCACCAGAGCUGGCUGUGGGCUGGAGAAACUGGGAAGGUCCAAAUUCCUGGGGGACAGGAGGUUGUACAGGGAGGGGCUGGUUUGCUUGCUCCCCUGCUCUUUCAGCAUCAGCAGGCCAGACACCAGGGGUCUCUGGCCACCGCUUGGGAGGGACAGUGGGACCCUGUGUCCCACACUGGCACUGCCCACAGACUGGUCCUUGCCCUGGGGACAUGUCAAUCACUGGUGGCACUCACAACUGGUGCCCCCCACAGCUGCAGCAACAGCCCAGUGACUUCUCUGCACUGCAGCCCCAUCACCCAUCAGCUGCGGGGAAUAAGGUGGAGGCUUCCCUGAGCACAGAGGCAGCCACCUCCUCCUGCUCCCUUCCUGAGACACCUGGGGUACCACAUGAGGUGGUUUGACCCCAGGAGAUGCUCCUGCACCAAGCAGCAAGUCUCACCCAGGGCUGGCGUGGCUGUCACCCACCCGAGGCCACCAUCCUGUGAGCAGGAGCAGAAGGAAGGAGCCCAGCUCCCUCCUGUGGCCACCUGCACUGGGGUCUGCCAGACUGCGCCAUUCUGGGAAGGGGCUGGCGAGGAAGAGCCCUCAGCCCCCUCCCCUCAGCCUCUUUGAAGCCCCUCAAUUUUAGGGCUGCCAAGAGGGAUCCUGGUGUCCAUCUCCAGGACUGACCAAGCGCUGGGUGAUGUUACAGCAGUGUCUGUGGUGAGGGGAAACACCAACCACCUCCCUGAGCUGCGGGGUCACACCUGGUCAGCCCAGGAGCCAGGGCUGGCACCAGAGCUCUGCAGGACCCCGUGGCUGCUUCUGGAACUGACCCCACUGGACCCUGCCACCAACGGGGGAACACCACAGAGGACAGCUGUUUCCCACACCACCUUCCUUCAUGUGCCCCAUCCCUGCAUCAUUGCCAUCAUCUGGCACCUGCCUUCCCCUGCUUUGUCCCCAGACGUGUCACCAGACCCCACACCAGUGCUGAGCUCCGAGGCUGGCUGUGGGCCUGUCAGAGAGCCCCAAGACCACGGAGCCGUUUUGCAUCCAGACACUGGAGGCAGAACAUGGCUUUUAGCUGCAACAACCCCUGUCCCUCCAAGAAUUCAGUGUUUUUCUGACUGCUGACUGCAUUUUGGAGGACAUCUCCAGUACCCUCAGAGGACUUUUGAAGCAGGGUGCCAGGACAGGACCAGGAUGAUGGGUGAGGCUGUGAGGAUGGGGGAGUGCUGGACAUUUUUUGUUUGAGGUGUGCAAACAGUACAGCAUCCUCCUGUGCUCUUCUCACCCACCAAGAACCCCCCCUCCAAGGCUCAGCUGUCCCACUCAGCCCUCUUCUUGCCCCCCACAACCUCUGAGCAGGGGACAAGUUUCUGGUGAUCCAACAGCAGGGAUCCAGGAGGAGCAUGGAGGGGCUUCUUUGCCCAGGGGAGGAUUUUCGGGGAUGCUGAGGAGGAAGGCACCUCACGAGUGUGCCAAGCUAUUCUGACUGCUCCCAUCCCUGCACCUCUUCAGUGCAGGAGGUUGCUCUUUAAUUCCCUCCUUCCUCCCCUAAGCGCCUUAGGGAGCAGAGACGAGAGAUGCUGGUGCUUUUUAUAGCAGCCGUAAUCCCUGCUGCCCCGAGACACAGGCUGAGCCUCCAAAAUGGGGGCUGCUGCCCAAAAACUGCCUCAAAACCCUUUGGCUCCCAGCACUGCCUCUCUCCCAGUGCACAGACCCCAGCUGGGGGUGGUUCUGGACUCAAGACCCCUUUGCAGAAGGUGUGGGACAGCCACAGGUGCUGCACUCUGACAAGGAGGGACAGGCAGACAGACAUACAGAGACACAUGGAUGAGCACCACAACAACUGCCUGGUCUUCCUGCUCUCCUCCAAGACUUGUGGAACAGGAACCAACCCCACAGUACUGCCACAAGAAAGUCCUCAGGCACAGGGGGAGACUUUUUCUUUCUUUUCUAUCUCCCCCAACUUUACAAAAGGGAAGCUGAGGCAGGGAGGGAGCAGGGAAGAGGCUCCUGAUCCUUCAGCCCAGGAGCAGAGUCCUACACAGGGCAGCUGAUGAGCUUUAAAGGUAGAUGAAGCCUUUCCUUGGAUAUAAGCCCCAGGACAUGAGCUUCAGCAUUUUGUCGGGAUCAUUUGGUGCUGGGGUGCCUGGUUUCCCUCACCCAGCCUGUGCCUGUGGAGCCACAGAUGGCAUUUGAGCCAUCCUGGCUUCAUCCCUGGGCAUGGAGGGGACUGAGGAAAAGGGAUGUGAAAGGGGCAGUGGAAGGUUUGGUGUGGGGCAGGAGCAGAUUCUGUUUCCCCUCCUGUCCCUGUCCUGGUGGUCAGUGCUGUCCUUCCACCCAGCCCCAGUCCCUGUCACCAGCCCAGGACCACAGCCACCACGGGAGGGCACGAGCAGCUGCUUUGUUCCCAUUGCCAUUUCUCUCUCCAGCAGCUCUGACUUUACUUCUCUCCAGCCAGAAGUUUUCCCCCUGACUUUGCACCCUGCCAGGAGGAACCCAACACAGCUCUUGAACUUUUACUCUUUCUGUUUUACUGCCUGUGGUUGGGCAGAUGAAGUUUUCUCUGCCCACCCACCCCAGAUCAGAGGAUCUCACAGGAGAGAGCAAAUCCUGGCAAAAUCCUGCCUAAAACCAUUCCUGCCUGCCCACUUUGCCCUGCUGGAGCUCUGGCCCCUGUCUCCCACAGCUUCUUUGCAAUACAUUUGCUGUAAUUUUCCCUUUAAACACCCCACGGGGGAGAAAAUAAAACCGACCAGGGGUGGUGGAGGGGGGGGGUGGUGAUGGUUCUUCUAGGUCAGGCUGGGCUGAGACAGGGAAAGAAGAUUAAUUUCUCAGAAGAGCGAUUCAGAUUUUUCUGUUGCUCCCCGCUGGGGAUGGAGGCAGAGCUGGUGGCAGGAGCACACUCACCUCCUGGGCACACAGGGGUUUUGGUUGUCACCCCUGGGGUGGCACUGAGCAGGACAUCCCCAGACCCAAGUCCUGCGUGGGAGGUGCAGGGGGAUUCUUGCCCAGAGAUGGAUGAUGGAAGUGGGAAGAAGGUGGCAUAUCAGGGAUGCUGAUGGGCUGGGGGGGUGCCCAGCACCCAGGAGGAGGAAGGGGAGAGAUGUGCCACCACUUCCUCUCAGCCCCCUGGCUGGGCUGGAACAGGCAGGGAAUGAAGCCCUGAGCCUGUCCUUGUCACCCACCCAUGCCCACGCACCCACGAGGCCCUGGGCAGUCACACUUGUUUUUCACUCCCAAGGAGUGCUGGGAAGCUCUAAAGCCAGCGGAUUAUUCUCCAAAGCAAAGACCUGGCCUGCUGCCAUCCCCUGGCAGGCAGCAAACAGCCUGGGGAGGCGUUUCCCAAAGGCUCAGCUCCUUCCUGGUUCAUGCUCUGACUUUGUACCCCCAUUCAGCAGCCUCACAGUCACCCAGCUGCAGACACCAGCAAUCUCAGGAGGGGUUCCCAAAGGUGGAGAGGAAGCAGAAGGUUACCAGGAGACCCCACUUGGUGUCUGGCAGAGCAUCCCCUGUCCUGUGUGGCUUCUCCAGAGUGUAAUAGAGGUUCAGCAGAACGAGCAGGGGGAUGUCUCUUGUUCUCCUCUUUGCACAAAACCUGUAGGAGGUUCUUUGGAAACCUGUGAGCCCGGGGCAGUGGGAAGGAAAAGCUGGAAGUUGUCUGGAAACUCAGGACACAGGAAUCCUACACUGGGCUGAUUUAACCCAGUACUGGGGGUUCCUGGGCACUGUGGGGAGCAGGCUGGGUGAGGGGUGCUGGCUGGAGGAGAGCUGGAUGAUGGGGCCAGCCUGGGUACCACGCCCCAAAGGAGUGGACUGAAGUCAAUUGCCCUAAAUUGGAGGCAGCUUUGGCAUCAGGGAGCUCUUCCUGGGGAUCUGGGGACCACCACUUUGCUGCAACCAGCACCAUCACAAUAUCCCCCCCACUGCCAAAACAGGGCGGGCUGAGAGCAGGGGUUGGGGGCUACACUUGGCCUUUCCUGUGCCUUUUGUUGGCCUCUCCUGCCCCACACUGUCUGCAGUGGGUCAGGCAGCACAAAACCAGAGCUCUGCUCACAGCGCUGCUCCCCAGAAAGGGAUAACCGGGAGCUGCACAGGGAACAGCACAAGGGGCAGCAGGGAGCAUCGAUCUCCAGAUAAGAGGAGGGUGGGGGGUGCUGUGAUCCAGCCCCACAGGCUGUGCUUGCACCCACACACCCCCUGCACCCACC